UCAACCGCGGUGGAACGAUUUUCGGCGUCUUUUCCAAGCUUUCAAUUAAAUUCCGUUCAAAGUCGGAAAAAUCAGUGUUUUAAAGCUUGCUUUCUGGUGAAAAUAAAGAAAAGUCUUCUUUAAAUUUCAUACACUCCAAUUAAACUCAUCAAUCGUCAAAAAUGGCCCUCGCGAAACCAAAAUCGGAACUGACCCCGGAGGAGCUGGCCCGCCAGGAGGAGGAGGAGUUCAACACGGGCCCGCUGUCCGUGCUGACGCAAUCGGUGAAGAACAACACCCAGGUGCUGAUCAACUGCCGCAACAACAAGAAGCUGCUGGGCCGCGUCAAGGCCUUCGACCGGCACUGCAACAUGGUCCUGGAGAACGUGAAGGAGAUGUGGACGGAGGUUCCGCGAGCCGGCAAGGGCAAGAAGAAGGUGAAGCCGGUCAACAAGGAUCGGUUCAUCUCGAAGAUGUUCCUGCGGGGCGAUUCGGUCAUUUUGGUUCUGCGAAAUCCGCAGGCCACAGCCGCCGGCAAGUGAAAAAGGUCGCGCUUUUGACGAUGUGUGUGUGUAGCUUGUAAGAUUUAUUUUAUAAAUGAUUUUUCCCAACUCACGAGACAAAGAAGAAUUAAAUAAA